AUUAGAAACUGUUGGUCUCCCAUUUCUCUAGCAACCAGGAAGGACGUUGGUGUGGAGGACAAGAACUAGCAUGGCGCCCAGUGCUUUGGCGAAACCUCAGAUGCGGGGCCUUCUGGCCAAACGCCUGCGCUUUCAUAUCGUUGGAGCCUUUGCUGUGUCCUUGAGCGUUGCAGCUCUGUAUAAGUUUGCAGUGGCGGAACCAAGAAAGAAGGCAUAUGCAGAUUUCUACAGAAAUUAUGAUUCCAUGAAAGAUUUUGAGGAGAUGAAGAAAGCUGGUAUCUUCCAGAGUGCAAAGUGAUUGGGGAUGUAAAGAAUUUCUUUGGAUUGAAUUCUGUAGAAGUUUGUCACUGACCUGUGUUCCCGAACUAUGAAACAUGAAAUAUACGGGCUAAGGAAUAGUUUAUCUUGAUAAAUAAAUAAAUACUCUGGA